UCCAAUCUCUCACCAUUUCUCUCUCUUUCUUUCUCUAUCUCUCUCUCACAUCCAUUGAAGAAACCUGCUCCAACUUCUAGCAUUAGGAUUUCCAUAGUAAUGAUGCUUGGUUUUUGCAUGGGUCAACGAGUCGCGCUCCUCCUCUGCCUAUUGGCAAUGGCCCACGUGGCUGAAUCGUCUGCAUGGGACUCUGAGGCCCAGUUAGGCCCUACACACACGACGAGCAUGGCCGGCGAUGGCCAUGGCACGCAAAGGAAGGCAUGCAAUGACCUAGUCGGCGAUUGCAUCGACGAGGAGGAAGAGAGAGCGAUGGAGUCUGAUAUAAGCCGACGAAGCCUAGCCGGGACCGCCAAGCGGUAUAUAAGCUACAGUGCACUGAAGAAGAACCAGGUCCCGUGCAACCGCCGCGGCAGCUCCUACUACAAUUGCCGGAGGAGCGGACGGGUCAACCCUUAUAGGCGUGCCUGCACCGUCAUCACUAGGUGCAAGAGGGACCUCCGAUGAGAGAAUUGAAAAAUGGAGACAGGUAAAAGAAAAGGAGACAGAUAACAGAACCAUGAUGUCGUUGUGGCACUAACAUGAACGAUGUCCGUCCAUUCAUCUGUCCGUCCAUUUAAGCCGAAAUCCUAUCCGUUCUUUUCUAGAUCUCCAUUUGGAUGCUUUACUUGUUUCAUAUUACUGCAUUUUUAUUUUUACUUUGAUGUGGGUGCAAUAAGGAGGCCUCAGCGCAUCUCCUUCUCUUGUGUUUUAUGUUAUGGAACAAAAUAAAAGGUACAGCCAAAUGAGUCUUUUUUUUCGUAUGUAUUUCAAUAGGUUUGGUUUCUGCGGAUUUUCAUUGUGGGGCCUACCUGCAAUGUAACAGAUUACAGUUUCUCAGCUUCUUUUUUUAGUGAUCUUGUUGAUUUUUAUGUUGGUCC